AUGGAUCGCGAGUUCCACUACCAGACCGGUGGCCACGAUGGCAUUCCGCGCACCAGAGCUCGCCGCGCUGCCACCGACUAUGGCUCGACAAUGGUCCAAUGGGCCCGCGUGCGUCGUCCGCGCUACAAGGGGCUCCCGCCUGUCGAGGCCGAGCGGCCCAGCAUCAGCUACAUGGUCGACAUGAUCCCGCCGCUCGCCCGCCUGGGCUCCGCCGCCGAGACGAUUCCCGCAAAACACCUGCAUGCGUCAUUGAACAAGGUCAAACACCCCAUCAACGUUGUGCGAUGGACUCCGGAGGGCAGGCGUCUGCUCACAGGCUCGACGAGUGGAGAGUUUACGUUAUGGAAUGGCAUGGGCUUCAAUUUCGAGACCAUCAUGCAGGCCCACGAUUCCGCCAUCCGCGCUGCGCAAUACUCGCAUAGCGAUGACUGGCUGGUGUCGGCCGACCAGGACGGCGUGGUGAAAUACUGGCAAACCAACUUCAACAACGUCAAGGCCCUCCAGGCCCACAACGAGCCCAUCCGUGAUCUGGCUUUUGCCCCUACCGAUUCAAAAUUCGUGACUGCUUCCGACGAUGCGACUUUGAAAAUCUUCGACUUUGCCGGUGGAAUUGAAGAAUCCACCCUGACCGGCCACGGCUGGGAAGCCAAGACGGUCGAUUGGCACCCGACUAAAGGCUUGCUGGUCUCGGGCUCCAAGGACCACCAGAUCAAGCUGUGGGAUCCGCGGACAGGCCGUUGCCUGACCACCCUUCACGGCCAUAAGAACACCAUCUCCAAGACUUCCUUUGAGCGUACACAAGGCCAACUCCUUGCUACAUGUGCGAGAGACCACACUGCAAGGAUAUUCGAUCUGCGUAUGAUGCGUGAUGUCCUCCUCCUGCGUGGUCACGAGAAAGACAUCACCACCUUGGCAUGGCAUCCAAUCCACCGCAACCUCCUUUCAACAGGAGGAGUUGACGGAAGCCUUUUCCAUUACCUUCUCGACGAGCAGAAUGCCCCUCCGGGGAUCGAGGCGACAAUGUCUCCGUAUGACAGUCCAGACCCCUCAAACGCACCUGCACAGACUAUCUACCCCGCCCACCGGGUACCGCAAGCCCAUGACUUCGCCAUCUGGACCCUGGACUGGCAUCCCCUUGGACACAUUCUCGCUUCUGGCUCCAACGAUCGAAUCACUCGCUUCUGGACGCGAGCGCGUCCUGGAGAGACUGUUCCAUUCAAUGACCGGUACCACAUUGGUCAGGCCGCCGCUGAGGCACAAGGCAUUUACGACCGCCGCGAUGCUCGGAGAAGGCAGCAAGAGGAGGAAGAACAGGAGGCCGAGGACGAAGCCGAAGGCCUCGUGGACCAGAAGAUGCCCGCAAAGCAGCCCACGCUGCCCGGCCUCCCCGGCCUGGGCUUCGCCGACGGCUCGAGCAUCGGCGGCGCCCAGCUCCCCGGCCUCGGCGGGCCCGCCACAAACGGACCGGUGGUGCCCAUCACCAUACCUCCGCCCCCUCCGCCGGGAUCGGGCGCUCCGCCCUUCCCCGGGCCGGGCGGCAUCCCGGCCUUGCCUCCCGGCAUGGACCCGACCAAGCUCGCGGAGAUGAUCCGCACCGGGCAGAUCCCGCUGCCUCCCGUCCCGCCUCCGAACGGCGGCCAGGCCGGCGCGUUCCCGCCGCCGCCUCCUCCCGGGUUUCCCGGCUUCCCGCCGCCGCCGUUCCCGCCUGGCUUCGCGGGCUUUCCGCCGCCGCCGAUGCAGCAGGGCGGGCAGCCCCCGCAGGGCAUGCCCGGCGGUGAUAGGGACAGCAAUGGGAGGAGGAGAGAGCCGCUGCCUAGCCAGAAGGAAAGCUUGCAUGAGCAGAUGAGACAGGGGAGGUAUAGGAAGCCGAGGUGA